AUGCGCUCACUUUUGCUCAAAUCACUUGAAUAUCGGAUUGCCUAUGCUCUACCGAAGCGUAUCGAUGUGCGUUCAAAUCUCACUGCGGUUACUCACCUGAUCAAAAAUUCACUUUUAAACGGUGUCUUCCCAAACAACGUAAUUUUGACAAUCCGCAUGGCCACAGAAUUAGUCAGGCUUCCGGAUGAUAAGACUGAUAUCGCUUUGGACGAGGAGGAAGAGGAGGAGAAUUGUUUGAAUAAACAGUGUGUUCUCAUGCACAAUGACGGUGUUGAUGGUGUCCAGUCCUGGCCGGUCUCAUUUUGCUAUACUAUUCACCAUGAGCACAGUGACAGUGAUGACGGUGACGAUGACGGGGGAAUAAUUCCAACAUAG